AUGGCAGCAGCGCGACUGCGGCAGCUCAUGGUGUUGAGCCGAGACGUGGCCAAGAGCACGAGGUUCUACCAAGACGGUCUGGGCCUGCAACUCAUCCGGCAGUCGGGUUCAUUCAGUGAGUUCGACAUGCAGGCGGGAGUGACGCUCAGCAUCAAGCAAGCGCACGGGGAGGCUGCAUGCAGUGCCGGGUACUCUCCGUUCCUCAACUUUGACGUGCAAGACAUGAUGGAGACGAUCCCGAGACUCAUUAGCCUUGGAGCGGCAAUGGACGGCCCGAUCAAAUACCCCGCGUUCGGCAAAGUGGCAGCCGUGCGAUCGCCUGAUGGAACGAUGAUUGGACUGUACGAAUCCAACACGAUGGACUCGGCCACGUCAGCAUAA